AUGCUUGAAUAUAUCCUUGAAAAUAAAUAUUUCGUUGUUAAAGAAUGGAUUCAAAGUAUCAAAACAUCCAAUGGUUAUAAAUAUAUUAUCAAAUAUCAAAACUUAAAUGCCGUAUUUUUGCUUUUCGAGAAGGAUAAAAGCUCUAUUUUUCCAUGGUGCGCUGCAUUUCCACAAACAAUAGAUAUUAUCAGAAACAAUGAAUUUCCUGAUGUAACCGAUUAUCGUAAAAGGAAUCUUCUACAUUUUUCCUGUAAAUCGCAAAAUUCAGAUGUUUGCAGAUUAUUACUUGCCUCAUCUAACAAAUUUAGAGUCAAUUGUAUCGAUAAGAAGAAAAUGACUCCACUCCAUUAUGCUACAAAAUGGAAUAAUAAAGAAAUAGUUGAAUUUCUUCUUUCACAUGGCGCAUAUAUCGAUGAAAAAGAUAAUUAUGGAAGAACCACCCUCCAUAUAGCAGCAGAAUAUAAUAGAAAAGAAAUGGCAGAAUUUCUUCUUUCACAUGGUGCAAAUAUCAAUGAAAAAGAUUAUUAUGGAAAAACCGCUCUCCAUUACGCUUCAAAAUGGAAUAAUAAAGAAAUUGCAAAACUUCUUCUUUUACAUGGCGCAAAUAUCGACGAAAAAGAUAAUUAUGGAAGAACCACCCUCCAUAUCGCAGUAGAUUAUGAUAGAAAAGAAAUGGCAAAAUUUCUUCUUUCACAUGGUGCAAAUAUCAAUGAAAAAGAUAAAUUUGAGGAUACCGCUCUUCAUCCUGCAACAAUAUUUUUAGAAACGAAAUGGCAGAAUUUCUUCUUUAAGGUUUUUACAUAG